AUGGAAACAUUCUUCACCUCACUUAUCUACAAUGCGAAGCAGAUUGAAACGGAUUUUAGGGGAGCUUCAGUCUCUCCCCCACUUUGCAACUACAUUUCCUAUAUUCGCGAACUUGAUGUUGAUUUAAUGAGACUGGCAAUAAUUGGAUGGCUCCAUCACACUUAUCAACUAAACAAAGUCGAUUUGGAACGGAAUCGAAAAAUGGUUAGCGCAUUGUUGGGACGUUUCAUUUCUCACGGUAGCAGCAUAAUCACUCCUAGCAUCCGAGACGAAAUAUACGCGCGAACGAGCAAGUUAUUAAUGGCUCAAUGUACCAAAUUAUGGUAUCUGUCGUUUACUUCAUUUUUCAAAACUCAAGGGCCAUUCUUUGAUCCCUCUCCCUCGUCAUCGUAUAAAAUUGUUUGUUAUCCCGGUGCUGAAGAAUGUUUAUCGCACCUUGUUGGUCUCAAUUGUAAAGCCAACAACCAAUUGGCUACUAUGCUAAGAGAAGUUUCAAGGAUAUCAAACAGUCUCCAAAUACUGAAGGUUGAUUGGUCAACUGACCCGAAGCCAAUAGUUUUUCAUCAGCAUUCGACAAAAGCCAAGGCAAUGGCAGAUUUCAUUAAGUCUCAAAAAUCCUUGCAUGAUCUCGAGUUAUAUCGAUUCCACAUUAAUAAUACCUUCCUUAUGGAUUCAUUGACCACCGUUGCUAGUUCCCUGACUAAACUUACGUUUAAGAAAGCAACUAUCAGAGAAUUCCAGUUCUUUUCAUCGAUCAAUCAAUUGGUAAAUUUACGAGAAUUAUCAUUCAUCGAUUGCGAAUUCUGGAACGAAAAUAGUUCACUCAAUCUAUUGGAAUUUCCUUGCCUCCUUUCAUUGGAGUUGAAUUCCAGUUAUCCCUUGCAAGUUUUCUUACCUUCUCCGGAACCCGAAGCUUCCCUAUCACCCGCGGAAACUAUCACAUCAUCACCAUCAUAUAAUAAUUUACAGAACCUUGAUUCAUCGGAUAGUUUACCAGAAGAAAAUAUCAUCACAUCAUUGCGAUACUUCACCUUCAUCCAUAUCCCUGCCACUGAACAUAGAUUAAUUCUCCGAUACAUGGCUUCUAACUUUAAAAAUAUCACUCAUUUCACCUGCGACGAGUUUAUUCACGACUUCAACCCAUUUAACCAAUUUUUCUCGUUUUGCAAAUUUCUCAAGAAGAUCGUGAUAAAGAAUAAAGUUUUUCGUGCCAGAGGAGAAGCCGCCGAUACAGUCACGGAGACUGUGAUCGAUGAUUUCUUCCUUCAGGUGAAACAUCCUCAUUGGAAAGACCUUUACCAUCUCGAGCUACACGGGUAUUUUUAUUUUUCAGUUGAAUCUUUGGAAACCUUUUUCAAGGACUCAAAGGUCAAGUUGCUAAAUUUUGUAAUCGAGAGAUCUCUUUGCUUCGGAAAUCAACACUUGAAGGUGUUACUGGAUCACCAGGGUGAACAUUUAAAGAAUGUUCGACUGAGUGGGAAUAAGAAGCUAUACAAGAACUUGCGGGAUAAGGCGACUAAAGAAUACGAAAUUGACCUUGACUACGAAUUUAUUAUCAAUAAGGAUAUUUGA